AUGGCGGACACUGCGCUGCAAGUUUUGCAAGUUGCUCGCGAUAUUUACGCUAUUGCUCAAGAAGUGAAGGCAAACAAAGAGCGUAGUUUACGGUUCUCGAUUCGUGUACAAUGUCUGGUUGAUCCUCUCAAAUGCAUUCGGGAUUUGAAUGACACAGAUUCUGCAACUUAUGAAGAUGCCCUGAUCAAGCUCGACACAUGCCUGCAAGAAGCGAAAGAGUUUCUUCUUGAAUUCAAGAAAGCCCACGCCGUCAUUAAGCUUUGGAAACGAGGAGACUAUAAGGACGAGUUUGAUAACUUCAAUAAGCGACUGGAUGGCCUUGCUUCGGCGCUGUCUUUGGGAUUGGAAGCAGCUACAAAGGCCAGAAUUGAUGAGAUGUUUGAACAACAACGAAAGCUCCAGGAAGACCAUAAAGACAAAGAAAAGGAUUGGCAACAAAUAGUGGAUGUAUUAGAGGACCUAAGCGAAGGUCAGCAAAAGAUGGGGGAUGAAUUGGAUUCUGGAUUUAGAAGUUUGCGGGAUAAACUAGAUGAAUCUCAGAAGAAUGAGAAAAUGG